GACAAUACAGCGCCCCCCCCCCCAAUGGAAAUGCCCAAAAACAAUAAGACGACCCCGUCUAUCCAUCGAUAAAUUAAUUUUCAGAAUUGAUCCGGCAGCUCGAUCGCCAUGUUGCGGUGCGACGGCGACCGCGUGGUCAUCGUCGGCGGCGGCAUCGCCGGCGCCCUCCUCGCCAAGACGCUCCAGAACCACGCCGACGUCGUGCUCAUCGACCCGAAGGAGUACUUCGAGAUCCCGUGGGCGAACCUGCGCGCGAAGAUGGAUCCGGCGGCGGUGGCGCGCACGGUGAUCCCGCACUCGGAGUACCUGACGCAGGCGAAGGUGGUGACGGCGGCGGCGGUCGGCGUGGACGACUCCGUGGUGCUCACCUCCGCCGGCGGCGCCGUCGGCUACGACUUCCUCGUCGUCGCCACGGGCCGCGAGUGCAGCCGCCCCCAGAAGCGGGAGGACCGGCUGCAGAUGUUCGAGCACGACAAGGCGCGGAUCGCAUCGGCGGGGUCCGUCCUUGUCGUCGGCGGCGGGCCCAUCGGCGUGGAGCUCGCGGCGGAGAUCGUCAUGGCGAGCCCCGAGAAGCGCGUCACCCUCGUCCACGGCGGGCCUCGCCUGCUCAUGGUGAUGGGCGAGAAGGCGUCCGCCAAGGCCCUCGAGUGGCUCCGCUCCAAGAACGUCACCGUCCUGCUCGACCAGACCGUCGACCUCGCAGCCGCCGCCGCCGGCGCCAACACGGACGACAAGGUGUUCACGACGUCCGCCGGCGAGACGGUCGCCGCCGACUGCCACUUCGUGUGCACGGGUCGCCCCGUGGCGUCCGGGUGGCUGCGGGAGUCGUUCCUCGGCGAGCACGUCGGCGGGGACGGGAAGGUGGCGGUGGACGAGCACCUGCGGGUGGGCGGGCUGAGGAACGUGUUCGCCAUCGGCGACAUCACGGACGUGCCGGAGGCGAAGCAGGGGUACCUGGCGCAGCGGCACGCCAUGGUGGUGUCGCGCAACCUGCGGCUGCUGGUGAAGGCCGGCGGCGGCGACGGCGGCGGCAGCAGCAAGGAGCGGAAGCUGCACCGGUACAAGGCGUCCAAGGCGGCCAUCACCGUCACGCUCGGCCGCCGCGACGCGCUCGCCGAGCUGCCGUUCAUGACGGUGAUCGGCCACCUCCCCGGCGUGAUCAAGCCCCGGGAUUACUUCAUCGCGCGGACGCGAAGGAUGAUGGGGCUCAGGACGGGCGCGCGCUAUGAUCAAUCCAUGUUUCGCAUCUGAGAAUUUUUGGAUUGGAUGCACGCCAUCCGAGGCGAUCCGACGGUCCCAGUAUAUAUAUAUAUAUAUAUAUAUAUAUAUAUAUAUAUAUAUAUAUAUAUAUAUAUAUAUAUAUAUAUAUAUAUAUAUAUUAUAUACAUGAAUUUGGACUGCCUCGUCUAGCACAAACUUUGCUCAAUUUUGAUCAGAUCGGCUGAUAUGUAUGGGUAAUUGGUUUUUGUUUAUUGUCCUAUACUAAAGAAUAUCAUUUGUAGACCUCAUGAAA